AUGAGCUUCAAGAAGAUCCAGAUAAUGAAGUGGCGGACGAGGAUUGCAUCAUGCGGUGGCUCUGCAGAAACGCGUGUCUGUGUUCAAAGAGAAGUGCCAGCUAAAUGUUGCCAUGGAUCAUAUGGUGCAAGGCAGUUGUUGUGGAGAUUCUGGUCACAGUGGAAGCAAGCUGUGAGAUGGCAGAGAAGCACCGCACAGUUCAGCUAUGAUCCUCACAGCUAUUCUCAAAACUUUGAUGACGGUUGCUUCCAUGAUCAUCUUUCACCUUUAGCUCCACCAUGA